AUGAGGGCUGAAGACGAUUAUAAAGGACCAUCGACACAAGAACAUUUGGAAAAUGAAUCAUCUCAAACCGAAGAAGAACUAUAUGCCAAGCUGCAAAGAGAGUAUCGUGAACUGGAUGAAAAAUAUACUAAGUUGAAAGCUCUUCUGGGUAAAGUUAGUACUGUCUUGAAUACUGAAUUGAUUACUGAAUUGAGCACUGCAUUGGAAACUGGUUUGAAAGAUGAUUCGAAAGCUAAAUCGAUACCUUCGUUUUUCGUUUCUUAUCCAUCGGAACUUGAAGACAGCAGUUUGAGCUUAGCGUCGUUCAUUUAUGACUGUUUCAGUGAAAGUGGUAAAAUCUUUGUUGUUCUUAUUCUGGCAGCUUGGCUCUUUCAUUUUUUGUUCUUCGACUAG